ACAACGAAGCCCGAAGUUUGAGCCAGUAGCUGAACAGUUAGCGGCUCCUCCUCUCCAUUACCAAUUAUAUGGUAUUUAUAUCGCGCAAACAACAACUCAACCGGACUCCAAAUACCCAAAGUUUUUUUCGACAUGCUCAACAGCACCAAGACUGUCUUUAGCAUCGCCCUGCUGCAGUUUAGGUUUUACCUCUACACCUGCUCGCCAGGGCUCCAUGAGUUACCUCGUCUCGCAAAUCAGCCGCCGUUUGUUGAUAUCCAUGAUGCUUCGAAAGAAGCGACUUCAAUCAGCCACGGCAGCACUAGCACGAAUUAUAACAUCCCGGGCUUUCACUUCGGGCUUGAGCUUCCACUUGAAGAUUGGACUCAUGAUGCCUUGUUCGAAUUUGAGGAGUAUCACCGACUUCUCUCGAGUAAGGAAAUCGACUCAUUUCCCGCGAGUCCGCACCUCGAGGAAAUGCCCUGGGAGCACAUACUUUCGAAGAUUGACGGGCCUCCUGAGUCUCCAUAUCGGGAUACCAUCCAAACUGGUCACCCACCGCUAUUUCGAGACAUCGGCAGUACGCCCAAAUCGAAUAUGGAAGUUGAAAGCCAAUACUUCCCCCGGACGGAGUACCAAAUCCAUGACGAAAUGCGCUUGUUUGAACCAGGUCCCGUGGAUUUGAAGCAAUUUGGGUGGAUUAAUACGCUCGAGUCUCCUACAGGUAAAUUUUCGAUGGAAGAUAAACUCCGGCAAGAUUUCUCAGACAGUCAAAUUUGUAAAAUUAUCUUUGAGAAAGGUGAAAAUGAGCAUUUGCCAAUGUUAGUGCGAAUGGCCUUUGACCCUGACAAUCUUCCCGAAAGGGCACGAGUUUUGGAUGCAGCAAAGGACUUGUUGAUUGAAGUCCGUUCGCGCAUGAUCCAAUUUCUCUUGGUUUGCACUUCCCCUGAAAGCACUGAUAAGAAAGCACAAACGGGGCCAAAAAAUGAUAAAGACAAGGUCUACCGAUUGAUAAAGGAAGAGCAAGAAAACCUACUUACAUGGUUGAUGCAACAACUUCAAGUUGAACCUGCACCUGAAGCCUUAUUCCCGGUCAAAGCAGGGGAAACAGAUGCAAGGCCCAAUUCUACACCCUCACUUCAAACAAUGUUAUAUGAGUAUUUUCUUUACACAUUUCCUCGCGGAAAAAAGUACAUCGUUGAUAAUCGUGGUUGGAAAGUGAAAAUGAGUGGGAGGCCACGCCGAAGCAAAUCGGAUAAAAGCAAACUGCAGUCCGAGCGAGGCGUAAGCCUAGGUCAAGCCAUGAAAACUCAACUUGCAAUCUACAUCUUAGGAAACUAUUUCAAAUUCACAAAUGAAAUAAAAUGGAAAGAGCUCAUUGGUGACGAUGUCAAGUUUGUUGAUCUGUUUUCAUUUCUCAAAGCAAAAGAAUAUGAUAGAAAACCUCAGCACAUCCGCAACUUAUCUGCUGUAUUAGAAGAGCUCCAUGUGAUACCAUGGGCAAGUGAUUUGGAAGAAGAUCAAAUCAAAGACAUCCAAAGAUUUAGAGAUUAUAUAAUUUCUACACUGAAAGACUCUCAAAAAUUCUCUCUGGACCAUAGCUUUGUGACCCAAGGAAAGACAAGAAAACUGAACAGACUGAAGGAUAUGAUUUUGGAUGACAAGGUUCCAAAGCAAGAAGAGUCAACUCAAACAGAAUCACUCCAAAAAGAAUUAGCUGAAAAAGAGCCAGCUCAACCAGAUCCAUUUGAAAAAAAAUUCAUAAAGGAUGAGCCAGGUGAAGAAGAUUCAAUUGACAAAGAAUGGAAUCAAGAUGAUCCAAGUUGGGAAGAGUCAGUUGAAGAUGAGUCAGAUUAAAGAUGGUUGUAUGAAAAUGAGUAAAAUUGAGAUUAAUC